GAAAAGAUCUUCUAGUUUGGACUGUAACUUUACAGAAACUGGAUGCCUGAAAUGGAUGUCUGCAGUCAACACCUCAAGCAGAAAUCUUACCAGUAUGAAGAAUGUCGGUGGCUGCAAUAUGCAAUCGUUUGACUGUGGAAAGUAACGUCACCUUCAGCUGAAACUUAAGCAGACAAAAACAUUUGAUUUUAACUCAAGAAUUAAGACAUUGAGGUUGGACAACAAACUAAACUCAUCAGAUACAGAAAAGACAGAACAACCUGCAAUGUCUACUGAAGAUAUUUCCAAUUCUUCAGACAACCAAGUGAAUCACAAUUCACACGAACGGCACCAAUCUGUUUUAAUAGCAUUGUACUCUAUCAUGUUUGCGGGUGGAGUUAUUGGAGCCAGUAUUAUGUUAUGUCGAAUUCUGAAGAAUGACAAGAAUUCUAAGUCAUUUAUCAUUAUCAAUCUCUUACUAGCACAUGUGAUUUUUCUUAUAACUGUGCCAUUUCGUAUUUCUUACUAUGCAAUUAAAGAAUGGAAGUUUGGGUUAGUUUUCUGUAAGUUAGUCAGUGCUAUUAUGCACAUUCAUAUGUACUUAACCUUUGCAUUUUAUGUGAUCAUCAUUAUCACAAGACUUCUUAAUGUCUUUCAAAAGAGGAAGAAACGAGAGGCUUAUAAACCAUGGAAAGUAUUAGUGCUCAGUGUAGUUUUAUGGCUUGUGGUGACUGUGAUUAUUCUUCCAGUAUUUCUACGGAGAUAUGGUGGUAGUCUAGAAUAUGAUGAAAAUCAUUGUUUUCACUUUGAAAUUUCAUCAGAAACUGUCAAGCAAAUCAAUUACAUUUUAAUUUGCAUAACAAUAUGUACAAUUACCAUUUUGCUCAUCUGGCAGAUAGGUAUAAUGUCAAAUCUGGCUUUCAAGCAUGGCUCACAGACAUGUGCGCAUCAAAUCUUUCGUGCCCAACUAAAGACAUUAACAUUUAUACUGAUAAUGUUUGUGUUUUUUGUUCCUUAUCUUGGAUUCAGAGCAUAUUACAUCAAAGAAUCUAAGAAUUGUUCAUCAAUUAUGUAUACACUUAAUGAAGCAGGUUUAUCCAUUACAGGAAUGAGUUGUUUUGAUUUGUUAAUUUUUUGGAUAUGGUAUUCCAUUUAAAACUUUACCAAGUA